UCGGCUUUCUCUCGUAUUUCUUAGCUUAUGCUUCUCUCUCAGCCAAUUCAUUUUAUAUCAAUGAAGUUGUGGAGAUUAUUGCAUUAAUUUGCAAAGGCACUUCGUAGCAAUAAUGCCUUGGUCCUAAGAUUAUUUCUAUUAUCAAUCUGCCAAAAGAUAUCAUUUGAAGUGCAAAAUGCCUUCCGGUAAAUUACAUCAGUGAAAUUUGACAGUCGCGUAAUCUGUCCUGUAAUCGUGCUUCAUUUGCGAGCCGGUAGCCUGUGAAAUAUAGUAAAGAGUUUCGUAAAAUGAUUUACCUUACAAGAAGCGGGCGCUUCAAAGUUUCGUGUAUUUUCUAAGUAACAGUUCUUUUAAUUUUGGCGGUGCGGUGUUUUUAUGAGAAUCUGUGUAAAUUCAAUAUCAAAGUUACUGUUUUGGGAUACCAGCUGUUAGAAUGAUAAACAGUUAUGUAUCGCGCGAUGUGUCUGAAAAUUACUUAACAGUCAAAAAUUGUAUCAUGGAUCUGGCAAAAAAUCUUUAUAUGCAUUAACAAAACUUAAAAUAGUUAUGGAAGAUAGAUUUUUAAUACAGAGCUUGCGCGUAGCUUUUGUAAUAUGCUUAUAUUUUUUGACGUUAGCAUGCUAUUUAACCCCAAUUCUUGUUACAAAAUAUUGGGGUUCGAAAACACAGCUUAUAACAUCUCCAAACCGUGCUGUAAGAAAUAAGCAACUAGGCUUUCGAAUUAUUAGUUGGUGCAAUUGUACAGCAACUGGAAUUUUUUUAGCCAUGUGCUUCCUUGGCCUUUUUCCAUAUGUUGAAGAAAAGUUUCAUUCUAUAAUUAGGAAACUGGAUUAUGAUAUUAUGUUUCCUAUAGCGGAAUGUGUCAUUGUAUUAGGAUUUGUUCUUACUCUUCUGUUGGAACAAGUUAUCUUAACUUGGAGAGAACAAAAAGAAGCAAGUUUGCGUGAUGAUCCUGAACAAAAUCAAGGAUUAUUGGAGGAAUGUGAAAUGCAGGAUCUGUCAGAUGAUCCAUCUGGACUACGUGAUGAGCAUGAAGAGCACGAACAAAGGCUAGUUGAAGGAAAGCCUUUGCAGCACUCAAAUUUUUCUGGAGAUGAUCCUAAUGUUGAUGUUAUAUCAGUAUCAAACAACAUUGAUCAAAGUCAUAAUUCCCACUUUGUAAUGCUUAGCACAGAGGAAGUGCUUUCAUUUUUUAUUCUUGCACUUGCUACAGGAUUGCAUUCUAUGUUUGUAGGUAUUACUUUAGGUCUGCAGACUAACAGUUCAAAAGCUGUUCAUCUCUUUAUCGCAAUAAUAACACAUGAAUGUUUAGUGGCUGCAGCCCUUGGCAUUAAUUCAACUAGACUGAAAUAUUCUUUCAUGUCUUAUUUUAAAUUUGCAUCAUUAUAUUCAGCUGCUAUACCAUUGGGUGUUGUUAUUGGUGCAGCUAUUGAACGUGCCCCAGGUACUGCUGGGGAUGUUAUAUCUGCCAUUCUUCAAGGUUUAGCAGCAGGUACUUUUCUUCAUGUGACCUUCCAAGAAUUUAUCCCUUCUGAAUUUUCAAACAGACAAGAUAGAAUAUUAAAAGUAUUAUUUGUGGCUCUUGGCUUUAUUAUUAUAGCAGUAGUAACAUUUUUUAUUAGCUAAAUGUAAAAUAGACUAGUGCUUUUUGUGUGUACAACAUUUUUAUAAUAAUUGAGAAUCCAGUAUAAUAUUUCACUUAAUUUGAAAAAGUAUUUUGAGAUUUUUAGUUUUAACGUGCAACGGGCUUAUUAUUUCUUUUGGUAUCUAUACAUUAUUUAUAGUGAAACAAUAUUGUACCUUUUCUUAUAAUAUACCAGAAAUUUUAAAUACUUUUGUUAUGGAAUAUUGUAUUCCCCCACCCCCCUUAUAAUAUUAAAUGAAAAAGAUUGAAGAUGGAACAGGGAAGGGCAAAACCAGGAUUUCUGAAAUUUUCUAUGCAGAUUAUAUUUAUCUAUUUAAUGAUAAGGAUAUACGCAUCUCCCAAAAUACUAGAAAAAAAGGAUAUGUAAUAAUACAAAAUGCAUUGUUAUAUAUAUAUAAUUGUAAUAUACUUAAUAUUCUUAGGAAUUAUCUUCCUCACUAUUGUAUGACAUAUUUAAUGUUUUCUUUUGUGUUAUACAUACACAUUUUUGCAUCAGUGAUGUCUGUUGAUGUAACUUAAAAUAGUUUAUUAUUUGAUAUGAUCUGAAAUAAGGGAAAAAGUGCAGAAUCAUCCCACUGCUUGGCACAUUUUUAAGACUUGCACAAACUCUGUAUCUGUGUACACAUUGAUGUAUUUUCACUUAAAAAGUCAAAGGAAAUUGACAAAAAUCCAAUUGCUCUUACUCUUGUAAAAAGCGCCAAACAUUGCGUGCUAAAUAAGUGGGCAAUUCUGCACUUCACCCCAUCAAAAUAAGUAUGUUUCACAUCAUAUAUUCAGUUCUUAUUGUUUUGAAGAUAUGUCCUAAAUUUCUGAAGACUAUUAUUUAUGGGUAAUUAAGUAUGAAGGAUGACGUUGGAAAAAUAUGUAGUAUUUAUCUGCUUUAUCCAAACUAUUUAGUGAAGAUCCGUGUUGGAUAAUAUUUUUGGUACUUUUCCAUUUUGCUGGCGCAGGCGAUAAAGUCGCGAAAAAUAGUACAACCGAUGCCAAAGGGAAUAUCUCGCUGGUAACCUUUUACUCUUGAUUUUCACAACAAAUGGCAGCAAUUUCUUACUGGAUUGAUUGUUUCAUUCAAUAUUGGCUUAAAAAUUACAUAAAAUGUUUACCAGAUAGUUCAAUUUUAUGCCCUAAGUGAUAGAAAUUGCUUUCAAUGUGUUAGGCUUAGCUUCGCCAGCACUGUGGAUAUUGCUUCUUUUUUGGAAAAAUCAAAAUUACUUCUUCAUUUCUGCUAAAUAAACUUCUUUAGAGCAUAUUGUGCUGAUAAUGUGAUAGAAAUUACUUAAAUGGCAGCUAUAUUUUGAAAAUAUAGUAGUAAGAA